AAAAUCUCUUAGAUCAUGGCAAGUUCAGUUCAAGGCUGUAGGAAGUAUCGAGUGGACAGUGAAUGCCUAAAUGCUUUUUUCACUGGCAAUUGUGCACUUAAACGAAAGCUCGUGGAGAUCCUCACAAGUCGAACCAUGCAAGAAAUGGAACUUAUUCGGCAAACGUAUUCAGCUGUCUAUAACCAAGAUAUUCUUCAUGCUUUAUCUAACGUUCGAAGAAACGAUCCUUUUGCUAAUAUGGUUUAUCUUCGCAUAAAUGAGCCACAAGAGCGUGAUGCAGAGCUGAUGAGGGAUUCAUUGUUUGGAUGGAAUAAGGUGAACCUCAAUGUUCUGAUUGAGUUACUGUGCACUCGAUCUUCUAGCCAACUUUCUUCAAUCAAGCAAGCCUACUGCAACCGUUAUGGUUCCAACAUUGAGCAAGAUGUUUCCCAGAAAAUUUCUGGCAACUUCAAAGAGAUUCUUCUGGCAGUACUAAAAUCAAGCAACAAAAGUGCAAGCAGAGUUGAUAUCAGCAUGGCCAUGUGUGAUGCCAAGACACUUUACGAAGCUGUGGAGAGUGGAAGUUCGGUUGACUGGAAGACCAUCAUGUCCACUUUCAGCAGUAGAAAUACAGAACAAAUCAAAGCCAUAUUACUUUCUUACAAAGAACUCUACGGCCAUGAAUUUUCCAAAUUUCUCAAGUCCAAUAAGUGUGGAAAUUUUGGCAAAGACCUCAGGUUUGUGGUCAGGGGAAUUCAAUCUCCUGCAAAGUUUUUCUCCAGGCAACUAAGAGGAGCAAUGCAGAGGGGUGAUACUAAAGAGGUCAUGGCUAGAAUAGUAGUCACGAGAUUGGAUGAUGAUAUCAAAGAAAUAAACAAUGUUUUUGCUGCUAAAACUGGAUGGUCUCUGGGAAAUCUCGUUAAAAGGGAGUUCAAGGAUUCUGGAAGCCAAAGAAAUAGUAGUAAUGUAUUGAUGGCAGAAUUUCUUCUUGCCUUGCUAAAGUAUACUUGA